AUGAUUAUUGGAACACACAAUGGCGUCAUUCAUGUGCUAUCCUUGCCGCUUUUGCAGUCCCUCCGUGUGUACCAAGCACACUCAGCCAGCGUGACGUCUAUAUCGAUCUCGCCGUUUCCCCCGCCUCUACCGAGCUUCAAGUCCGAUGCUUUAGCCAGACAAAGCGAGGAACAUGGUCCUCCAUCGCGGGCGUCAACAAGUGCGGGCAGCAUCCGUGGCCAACGCAGAUCACACCCAAAUGCAAAUAUACCGGCUAUCCCGUCGAACUCAAUUUAUAUCGCAUCAGCCUCCAUCGACGGCAACGUCUGCGUUUCCUCAUUAGUGGAUCCCAAGGAUAUUAUGAAGCGAAACUUCGGUCGACCGGUUCAGGCAGUCACGCUAUCUCCCGACUACAAAAAUGAUCGGACGUUCCUAUCUGGCGGUCGAGCUGGCGAAUUGGUCUUGACUACCGGUGGUCGUAUUGGUGUAAGCUCGAAUGCCACCACGAUGGGGAGGAGCAACAGCAGCAGCAUCCACGGAGAAGGUACAAUCAGCACCAUUCGAUGGUCCUUAUCUGGAAAGUAUGUCUGCUGGGUGAACGAGGAAGGUAUCAAGAUCAUGCGGUCCAACUUGCACCUGGAGUCGUCGGAGAUGGAGUAUGCCUGGAAACGUAUCAGUCACAUUGACCGUCCCAAUGGGCCAGGCUGGGAAGAAAUGGCCAGUGUUUGGAAAGCUCGGGCAGAAUGGGUUGAUCAAUCUGCCCUAGAUGAUGCAGAUAAUCUGGACCCUGGUAAUGAGCCUACACCCCACAAGACAUCUUCUAGUGGCACUGAAGAGAAAACCGAAAAACUCGUGGUUGGUUGGGGUGGCACUGUCUGGGUAAUUGAUGUUUACCCAGAUCGGGCGUGCAAAUCUUCAAAGGGUGAGAGAUACGGAUCUGCAGAAGUGACAACAAUAUUACGAACUGAUUGUGUAAUCUCUGGCAUUUCGUUGUACACACAACGUCUCCUCGUUGUUCUUGCAUAUAUUGAAGCAGACAAAGAUUCCGCAGAAGAUGAUGGAAGAAGCUCCGGGGCUCACCAUCGACAGCGGGGCUUGGAGCCUGAACUUCGGAUCAUUGAUAUCGCGACUAAGGAAGAGCUCAGCGCUGACACGCUAUCUGUUAGCCGAUUUGCAGGCUUGACUUCAUCUGAUUACCACUUGAGCGUGCUACCUCCAUGGAGAACUCCGGAGGGCCAAGUGGUCCAACGCGGUGCAUUAGGGACCAUUGGGCAUGGCCUGUUGGAUGCGACGAUGUACCCGGCGCGUCUUUUCAGUUCUGGUGCCAGUAUUCGCAGCUCGACUAGUAGUAGCGAUAGGAUAUCUUGCAGGGCUCCGUCAUCUUUCUCCGCAAGACAUCUCUCGCCGGAGGACACUCUUCCAAAGGAAGUUCAGGAUGUCGCUGGAGCCCCAGGUGCAAAGAUCUUUGUUCACAGUCCAUACGACUGUGCCGUUGCCGUCAAACGAGAUCUCUCUGACCGAUUGUCCUGGUUGAGUUCUCGCGGUCAGUAUGAAGAAGCAUGGAACCUCGUUGACGAACAUCCCGAAGCUGCAGGCCCAGCCUCCGAGUUGAAUGAGGUUAUUGGAGGGUCGCUGAAGUCGAAAAGUAGUCUCACCGAUUUCUUCGCUGAUGAUCGAUCAUCGAUUACUACGGCCGGUCGAGGAAUGGCUCCAGCUGCUGAAGAAGAAAAAGCUCGCCUUGGUGAACUUUGGCUCGAGCAGUUGGUUGGCGAUGAGAAAUGGGCAGAAGCUGCCGAGGUCAGCGGAAAGGUUCUUCAUAAACCUGCUCGAUGGGAGCAUUGGGCGUGGGUGUUUGUCAAGAAGGACAAGCUCGAUGAGAUUACUCCUUACAUUCCCAUUGAUCUACACCCGGGACUGCCUGCCGAGAUCUACGAAUUCAUCCUCAUUCACUACGUGUCUCGAGACCUCGGUCGGUUCAGGGAGUUAGUUGAGACAUGGCCUUCCGAUUUAUUUAACCCUGACAAUGUGACCGCGGCAAUUGAGGAGCAGUUGAACUCACCAUCCAUUGAAGCCGAGUCUGAAGAAUGGCGAAUCCUUACGGAUUGUCUGGCCAAGCUGUUCCUCGUGGGUGGUCAUUAUCGAGAGGCAUUGCAUUGUUAUGUCCGACUUCAGGAUGCCGAUGCCGCCAUGUCUCUGAUCAAAGAGCAUCGCUUGGUUGAUGCAAUUUCCGAUAAUAUCCCAGCGUUCGUUAUGAUUCGCAUAUCCAAAGCCCAGAUGAAAUCAGCGCCGAAAUCUGAGCUUGGAGAACUGGCCGCAGAGCCAAUCCAGCUCCUCGCGAGUGAGGCCUACACGGGGAUUGUCCCUCCUGACACCGUGGUGUCACAGCUCAAGGCUGCGGAUCGUAUCCUGUUCCUUUACCUCUAUCUUCGUGCGUUGUGGCGAGGCGAGUCUCUCUCACAUGAAUCUUCGAAGCCCCGAAGAGGCCGUGGUGCUCAUGCCCGGGAUGCAGCGAGUAAGCUAGCUGCAGACGAAGGAAAGGCUUUGAUUGAUGGCUUUGCGGACACGGCCGUGGAAGUAUUUGCAGAUUACGAUCGACCUCUGCUCAUGGAGUUUCUCCAAACGAGCAUCUCGUAUACCUUCGAGGCUGCCAUCCAUAUUUGUGAGCAACGGCGUUUCACCCAGGAGUUGAUCUACCUGCUCUCAAAGAUGGGUCAGACCAAGCGAGCGUUGAACUUGAUUUUGUCCGACCUGAAGGAUGUAUCUCAAGCAAUCUCAUUCGCCAAGUCGCAAGAGGAUCCGGAUCUCUGGGAAGACCUCUUGGACUACUCGAUGGACAAGCCCAAGUUUAUCCAUGGGCUUCUCGUCGAAGCGGGCACGUCCAUUGAUCCUAUCAAACUUGUGCGUCGUAUCCCGAGUGGGCUGGAGAUUGAAGGGCUUCGUGACGGCCUUUCACGGUUGAUCCGUGAACAUGACUUGCAAGCUAGUAUUAGCCAAGGAGCAGCACGGGUCAUGCAAGGCGAGGUUGCCCUUGGAAUGGAUACAUUGCGCAGAGGACAACGCCGCGGUAUCAAGUUCGACAUUCAUGACGACAAAUCCGAAGAAGUGCGGAAUGGUGACUUGACACCGACAGCGAAGACACAGCAAGACGCAGUCUCAGAAUCUGGUGUCUCUGUAAAGCGUGCUGGUCUCGGGCGUGGAAAGUGCAGUGGCUGCAACGCCCCAUUCCAGGCAAACGAGAAGGAGAUUCUCAUCGGCUUCGCAUGCGGUCACAUCUUCCACCUUUCUCACUUGCAUUCAGAAUCCUCGCAACAAUCCCAGUCCUCUCAGCCCUGUCGGAUCGGCCGAUCGGACACCUCGGCCCUCCACUCCAUCAGACGAGCCCACUUCGUCCACUGCCUCUCGCACUGUUGGACCCAAGGUGACGACAGCACGACUCCUACGCGAUAA